CGCCGUCCUCGCCCGCCCUCCCCGCGCCGAGGCUGCCCACGGAAUGAGCGUCCCCGGGGCGGCUGCCGCUGCCGCCUCCACUCGGGCUCCGGCGGGCGGGCAGAGAGCGCGGCUGCCGGCGCGGUCGCUGCGGCGGGAGCGGAGUGAAUGACCGAGAGGAGCGGCGCGAAGAGGCAGCCCCGGGAUCAGGAUGCGGGCGCCCGCCAGCAUCCUCAACCUCCUGCUGCUCUCCUUGCUGGCCGGCCUCAAUCCCUCCAAGACUCAGAUUAGCCCCAAGGAAGGGUGGCAAGUUUAUAGCUCAGCCCAGGAUCCUGAUGGCCGUUGCAUUUGCACUGUUGUUGCACCUGAACAAAACCUAUGUUCAAGAGAUGCCAAAAGCAGGCAGCUCAGACAACUACUAGAGAAGGUUCAGAACAUGUCCCAGUCUAUUGAAGUUUUAAAUCUACGGACUCAGAGGGAUUUCCAGUAUGUUUUGAAAAUGGAAACACAAAUGAAAGGGCUGAAGGCCAAGUUCCGGCAGAUCGAAGACGAUCGGAAGACAUUAAUGACAAAGCACUUUCAGGAGUUGAAAGAAAAGAUGGAUGAGCUUCUGCCACUGAUCCCAGUUCUGGAACAAUACAAAACUGAUGCCAAGUUGAUCACACAGUUCAAGGAGGAAAUUAGGAAUCUGUCUACUGUGCUCACUGGGAUUCAGGAAGAAAUUGGUGCUUAUGACUAUGAGGAACUACACCAGCGUGUAGUCAAUUUAGAAACCAGGCUUCGUGACUGCAUGAAAAAGCUCACAUGUGGCAAAUUGAUGAAAAUUACAGGCCCCAUUACAGUGAAGAUCUCUGGAACCCGAUUUGGAGCCUGGAUGACGGAUCCAUUGGCAUCAGAGAAGAAUAACCGAGUCUGGUACAUGGAUAGUUACACUAACAAUAAAAUCGUCCGUGAAUACAAAUCAAUCGCAGACUUCGUCAGUGGGGCCGAAUCAAGGACAUACAACCUUCCAUUCAAAUGGGCAGGAACCAACCACGUUGUCUACAAUGGCUCCCUCUAUUUCAACAAGUACCAGAGCAACAUCAUCAUCAAGUACAGCUUCGACACGGGGCGGGUGCUGGCGCAGCGUAGCCUGGAGUACGCUGGCUUCCACAAUGUCUACCCGUACACCUGGGGUGGCUUCUCUGAUAUCGACCUGAUGGCAGAUGAAAUUGGGCUGUGGGCCGUGUAUGCCACCAACCAGAAUGCAGGCAACAUUGUCAUCAGCCAGCUGAACCAGGAUACGCUGGAGGUGCUGAAGAGCUGGAGCACGGGCUACCCCAAGAGAAGUGCUGGAGAGUCCUUCAUGAUCUGUGGUACCUUGUAUGUCACUAACUCGCACCUAACAGGAGCCAAGGUCUACUAUUCCUACUCCACAAAAACCUCCACUUAUGAGUACACAGACAUUCCUUUCCAUAAUCAGUAUUUUCAUAUAUCCAUGCUUGACUACAAUGCAAGAGAUAGAGCUCUCUAUGCCUGGAAUAAUGGACAUCAAGUCCUGUUUAACGUCACCCUUUUCCACAUCAUUAAAACUGAGGAUGACACAUAAUUUUAUUUCCCUUACCCCUCCCUCCCUCAAAGCAGUCUCAUUUGUGAUUAACUCUAAAAGCAUCCAUCUCUCUCAGUUCCUUUUAAUUUACAUUUCUUCCUUCAUUAAACAAAAGCAACAUUUUCUACUAUGUAAUGCAUCUCAAAUUUGGCUGAACCUGUCAAAAAUGACCUGUCAGAAAUAAAAAACAUCUUAACUCGUGAUUCUGCAAGGUCUGUCAAGACCUUGUCUUGAAAAGCACUAAAGAGGAUUUAAUGGCUAAAGACAGUUUUUAAAAGAUUAUGAUCUGCCUUAUUUUAGAGUCAGAGACUAAUGGUGGCUUAAAUGCAUGAAUGUCUUUUUUUACCUCAUUUUUUGUUUUAAUAUAUUGCUUAACUUCAGGAAAUAUUUCAGUAGUGUCAUAUUGCACAUUGUAUUUUUUUAUUUAUUCCGAAAAACAGAUUUAGUAGGAAUUUAAUUUUCUUAGACAAGGCGUAUGAUUCAUUUUGCCAUCAUCCAAUUUCAGAUGUGGUGCUGUACAGUAUGUUUUUAAAUCUCUUGCAAACAUUUUAUCAACAGUAUGUAUUUCUACCAUUGUAACCACCAUUGUGCAAUUGUAUCUCUUCACUUAUGUGAAAGUAAACUAAGUACUAUUUUUUAUAAACUAUAUUGAAGCUUAA